AGGGGCUGGAGAGCAGCAGGCUUGCUGCUGAUGCUGACACUGCUCACUGCAGGGGCCGUGGCUGGAGGGCUUCUUGGUUUCACGUACAGCCCUUCCAAGCCAUUGCUGCAGAUGCUCCGAAAGACCUUCCUGAGCUCCAGGGUACCCUGGCCCAACCAAACCACUCUAGUGGAUGUGGCCCAGAACAUGGCGACCAUCAUGGUGACUCCGUUUCAGAGCAACCACAGCUGGGCUGUGCUCUUCGACGGGCAAAGUGGCUACAUCUGUUACCGCCCUGCAGAGCACCAGGCCUGCUUCCUCCGUCUGAUGGAAGCCCAAGAUUGGGAGACCCUGCAGCUGCUGCUGAACACUUCCAGGGCCCAAGAGUCACAUGUACCUGGCCAGGAUACCCACUAUGCCCAGGAACUGCUGGCAGUUUUGGGAGGCCAUACUGUGGACCCUACCCAAGUGGGAGUGUCAGUGCAACACCUUUGUGCAGACACUCCCAUCUACUGGGCCCGGUGGGCAGAGGGGCCCCAGAGACAGCGGCUGAUCUACCUCUGCAUUGACAUCUGCUUCCCGAGCAACAUCUGCGUGUCUGUCUGCUUUUAUUACCUCCCAGACUAAGACCCCCUACCAAGUCCUCCCGACCUUUGGUCCCACAGGUCAGCCAGCUGCCAGGUCACCAGUACCUUUGGAAGGCAGCUAACGGUAGGGAUGAAUAAACCCAGAUUGCCUGGC